AUGGCAACUGCAGGGAAUUUGAAAGUUCUUAAUGCGCUCGAUGGUGCAAAAACCCAAUGGUAUCACUUCACCGCAAUAGUGAUAGCAGGGAUGGGUUUUUUCACAGAUGCUUACGAUCUCUUUUGUAUAUCUCUUGUAACAAAAAUGCUUGGCCGCGUUUACUACACCAAAACGGGCUCACCCAAGCCUGGAAGUUUACCGCCUAAUGUAUCGGCUAUGGUGAAUGGGGUGGCGCUAGUUGGGACCCUCUCGGGUCAGUUGUUUUUCGGGUGGCUUGGUGAUAAACUUGGAAGGAAGAAGGUGUAUGGCAUCACACUUAUGCUUAUGUGUCUUUGCUCUAUUGCUUCCGGUUUGUCUUUAGGGAGCACACCAAAGGCUGUGAUGACUACACUUUGCUUUUUCCGGUUCUGGCUUGGGUUUGGGAUUGGAGGAGAUUAUCCGCUCUCUGCCACCAUAAUGUCCGAGUAUUCAAACAAGAAAACUCGUGGUGGUUUCAUUGCUGCGGUUUUUGCUAUGCAAGGAUUUGGAAUUUUAGGAGGAGGGGUGUUUGCAAUUAUUAUCUCGUCAGUGUUUAAUUACCAGUUCAAAGCUCCACCAUACGAGGUUGAUCCCGUAAGGUCAACAGUUCCUGAAGCCGAUUAUGUUUGGAGGAUUAUUCUUAUGGCCGGAGCUCUCCCGGCUCUCCUAACAUUUUACUCAAGAUCUAAGAUGCCUGAAUCUCCUCGUUACACUGCCUUAGUGGCCAAAAACGCUACCAAGGCGGCUUCAGAUAUGUCAAAAGUCUUGCAUAUGGAGAUCGAGUCCGAGCAACAAAAGGUAGAUGUGAAUACAAAAGAAAGCUUCGGUCUCUUUAGUAAGGAGUUCCUCAAACGACACGGGUUACAUUUGCUUGGAACCACCACUACAUGGUUCCUGCUCGACAUCGCAUUCUACAGUCAAAAUCUGUUCCAAAAAGACAUAUUCACAGCCAUUGGUUGGAUUCCACCAGCGAAAACAAUGAACGCUAUUGAAGAAGUUUACAGAAUCGCAAGGGCACAAACACUUAUUGCUCUUUGCAGCACUGUUCCGGGCUACUGGUUCACUGUCUUCUUGAUCGAUAAAAUAGGACGAUUCACGAUCCAGCUACUUGGUUUCUCAAUGAUGACAAUCUUUAUGUUCGCCUUAGCAUUCCCUUACAACCACUGGACUCGACCAGAAAACAAUAUCAAAUUUGUGGUUAUGUACUCGUUCACUUUCUUCUUUGCCAAUUUCGGCCCCAACACCACCACCUUCGUGGUCCCUGCAGAGAUCUUCCCAGCUAGGGUGAGGUCAACUUGCCAUGGUAUCUCAGCAGCAUCAGGAAAACUAGGAGCAAUGGUGGGUGCUUUCGGGUUCUUAUAUUUGGCUCAAAACCAAGAUCCAACCAAGACAGAUGCAGGUUAUCCAGCAGGUAUCGGAGUGAAAAAUGCAUUGAUUGUAUUAGGCGUAGUUAACCUUUUGGGAACUUUGUGUACUUUGUUAGUGCCUGAAUCAAAAGGGAAGUCGCUCGAGGAAAUGUCAGGGGAAACUGGGAAAGAAACCACUGAUUCACAGCCUUAG